AUGGUCGAAGAAAAGGAGAUCGUAGCCAACGCUGGCCAGGAGCAGGUCUCCAAGAAGGGAGCUAAGAAACAAGCCAAGGCAGCCAAGAAAGCCGAGCAAAAGGCCGAGACCGCCGCCAAUAUUGCCGCUGCUGAUGCAGGCGAUGGUGCAAUCGAUCAUGCUGCUGGUCGCUAUGGUCUAUCACCGAUGAUUCAGUCGCAGGAGAAGCGCAGUGAACGCGUCUUUGUGGCUGUGCAUGAGCUGAGCAAUCAUGUGGGCAAGGGACUGCUGUGGCUGCGUGGACGUUUGCACACGUCGCGCGCCAAGGGCAAGCAAUGUUUCCUCAUAUUGAGACAGCAAAGCAGCACCGUUCAAUGCAUCCUUGCAGUAGGCGAUGUCAUAUCCAAGCAGAUGGUCAAGUUUGCCGGAAACAUACCUAAGGAGAGCAUUAUUGAUAUACAAGCCACAGCUGUGUCAGUGCCCAACAAAAUCGAAUCCUGCACAGAACAAACGUUGGAAUUGUGCGUGGAGCAGCUAUUUGUGGUUUCGCAGGCAAAGGCGCAGCUGCCGCUCCAAAUUGAGGAUGCCUCGCGUCCUGAGAAUACAGAUGAUGCGGAAGGACUUAAUAUACGUGUCAAUCAGGACACCAGGCUAGACAAUCGUGUGCUAGACUUGAGAACGCCAGCUAAUCAGGCUAUAUUUCGCUUGGAGGCCGGCGUAUGUCGCUUGUUCCGUGAUAUAUUGACGGAGAAAGGUUUUACGGAAAUACACACGCCCAAAAUCAUUUCAGCUGCCAGUGAGGGUGGCGCCAAUGUGUUUACUGUGAGCUACUUCAAGGACUCUGCUUAUCUGGCGCAGUCGCCGCAGCUCUAUAAACAAAUGGCCAUUGCCGCUGACUUUGACAAGGUGUACACCGUGGGCGCUGUCUUCCGCGCCGAGGACUCCAACACGCACAGGCAUUUGACUGAAUUCGUUGGCCUUGAUUUAGAGAUGGCCUUCAAGUAUCAUUACCAUGAGGUGCUGCAUACUAUUGGCAACACGUUUACCGACAUUUUCAAGGGUCUGCGCGACAAGUAUAGCCGUGAAAUCGAAGCUGUGGGUCAGCAAUACAAAGUGGAGCCUUUCAAGUUCUUGGAACCGCCGCUUAUACUGGAGUUUGCUGAGGGUGUGGCCAUGCUGCGUGGCGCGGGCGUGGAAACGGGCGAUGAGGAGGAUUUGUCGACUCCCAAUGAGAAAUUGCUGGGUCGCCUGGUGAAGGCCAAGUAUGAUACUGAUUUCUACAUACUCGACAAGUUCCCACUGGCUAUACGUCCGUUCUACACCAUGCCCAAUCCGGACAAUCCCAUCUACUCCAACUCGUACGAUAUGUUUAUGCGUGGCGAGGAGAUUAUGUCCGGUGCACAACGUAUACACGAUCCAGAGUACUUAAUCGAGCGUGCCAAGCACCACAAUAUUGAUAUUUCUAAAAUUGCCGCCUACAUUGAGUCGUUCCGUUAUGGCUGCCCACCGCAUGCUGGUGGCGGCAUUGGCAUGGAGCGUGUUGUCAUGUUAUAUCUGGGCUUGGAUAACAUACGCAAGACUUCAAUGUUCCCACGUGAUCCCAAGCGACUUACGCCUUAAAGUGCGCGACACACACAUCGAAGAAAAACACAAAAUCUAUUGAAUUCAAUUCAUCACUAAAUUUGAUUGUCCUUAAAGCUUUCCAAGUCUCAAAUUUUUUAUUUUACUAUUAGUUGCGCCCAACAUUGGACUUUGUCAUCCUUUAGACUUACAUGCUGCAAAGUUGUUUGACAACGAGAACUUGAAAGACUGUCAAUAGUCAAAUAGUUUUAAUUCGUAUUUAAAUAAAGCUUUGCAAGUGUGUUUAGUAA